AAGAAAGUAUUGCAUAACACUAGAGUAGUGCUGCCCUUUUUUUUAAUUAAUUUUUUUUGGGGGUGUUGGGGGUUGCUUGAUUCCCUUCCACAUUUUCUCGACUACCUCAUCCAUAAAUAUAAUAUAUAUGUAUUUAUAUAUACCUUAGUCUUCAUAGCUCUUUCCAUUGUAGUCCAUUCAAACCUUUACCUCUCCCAAUAAAAACUUGACCUUUAGCUCCCCUGUUUCUCUAUCUCUCCCUUUCUCUCUAGUGUCACUACUCACUAGUUCAGUUGUUUUCCUUAGUUUCUUUCACAUCUGGGUUUUGAAAGAAAAGACCAAACCACUUGGUUUUAGGCUCUAAUAUUUUUGGUCAGAUUUGUGUUGGUGAAAAAUGGGGAGGCUCAGCUUUGGCAGGUUAUUAGAUUGUCUUUGCCUUUCUUCUUCUGGGUCAAACUGUUUUUGCAUGGAAUUCCAAGACGAUCAUGAGUUUGAGAAAACCUCAUUACUCACAACCAGUGAAAAAUCCCAGAUGCUCAGAUUGAAGGACGCUGUUUCUGGAAAGCAAACUUUGGCUUUUCAACUGAAGCCUAAGAUGGUCAUGCUAAGGGUUUCCAUGCAUUGUAAUGGCUGUGCUAAAAAAGUUGAGAAACAUAUCUCAAAGAUUGAAGGGGUGACCUCGUAUAAAGUUGAUUUAGAAUCCAAGAUGGUGGUCGUCAUUGGAGACAUUCUUCCUUUUGAGGUGCUAGAGAGUGUCUCCAAGGUCAAGAAUGCAGAGCUUUGGACCAAUCCUCCAUCCUCGUGAAAAGACAAUGACAUCAUGAUUUUUCUUGAGGCUUACAAUUCCAAUAUUCCAGGCAUCCAAACAGGGUACCAAGAAGCCAAGAGAAACUUAAGGGACAGCUUCAUUAUUCUAUUAUAUAGAUAUAUGGAUACAUACAUUUGGAAAAUGUCUUAUAUUUUCCCACUUGUGCAGAAGAAUACAGAAUAUGAGCCUACAAUUUCACAGGCCUCUUGAAUGUUAUUAGGCUCUGCACUGGGGUUGUGUAAUUUUGUAUAUGCAGCAAUAGUUGUAUGAGGACAUUAUUUGGCCACUAUAUUUGAAUGGCUAUUUAUGUUUUAUCUGUAUUUAUAUUUGCAAAAUUAAGCAGUUUCUCUUUAGAUCCUUCUUUCUGUGUAAUAGUGAAGCAAAAAACUUCAAGCCAUACUCAGAUUUUGUUUUUGAGUAUGCAUGCAAUGCACAGUUGACUUGUUUGUUUUUGA